GCUGGCACAACGUUUCCCAGCCUCCUCCCACAUGAGGUGACCGGAGGCUUAGUGUGAGCCUGAUUAGCUGUGCAGCAGGUGGGUGCAGGAUGUUAGUAGGGGCGAUCACCCAAACAAAUGCAUGGACAUAGACCUGCUUCUGUACCAGUUCCAGAGAAGAUGGUGGCCGCUGUGCUCACCUUGUUCUCCUCAAGUAAACAUGUUCAACCUGAUGAGCAACUGCUUCAGCUGGGUCUCCAAAAUCCAGGAGCCAAUCAGGAAAGUGACCAUUCUCGUGGUUGGUCUUGACAAAGCAGGAAAAACCUCCUCGAUCAGAGGGAUGUUAAGAGUUCCUGCCGGUGUCGAUGCGGGACCCACUCAUGGUUGCAUCAAAAACGAGCUGAGAGUCGAGAACUACCUUGUUACGCUGCUGGACGUCGGAGGAGCUGCAGAGUCCCGUGGAGUUUGGAGGGAGCUCUGCGGAGAAGCCCAUGGUGUAAUCUUUGUGGUGGACUCCAGCGACAGGCAGAGGAUGAAGGAGGCCAGGGAGGUUCUCACUGACCUGCUCAAGCAACCGAGGGUUGCAGGAAAACCCAUAUUAGUGUUGGCAAACAAGCAGGAUAAGAUGAACGCGUUGCUGGGGAGUGAACUGAUUGAGAUUCUCUCUCUGGAAAAGCUGGUCAACCAGAGCCGCUCUCUGUGCCAUAUUGAGCCUUGUUCAGCCUUAAUGGACCUUCGGCGCUGGUCGGACAGGAAGACCCUGCGAGGCCUUCGCUGGUUGCUGCGUGCGGUUUGUCUGGACUACCCGGAGCUGUGCGCUCGGGUGGCCCAGGACAGCAAAAGGCCUCUGGAGCCGAGGGAGAGAGAAAGGAAAGGCAAAGCCGAGAGAGCGCAAAGGAAAACCAGGAUGGAACGAAUGAGAUCCAGCAAGUCGGAUCUGCGUCAGGUUCAUCGGCCGAGAGACAAGGAGAGGAGGAGCAACGGCGAAGGAAAGCUGCAGCCCAUCCGCAACAUGCUGCAGAGGGAAACCACGCUGAAAAAGAGGCUGAAGUCAAAGGACACGAAGAAGAAGCCGCUUAAGGUCAGAAAAGGUGCGAACGACGGCGAAGAAGCUCCUGAAGAGGAAGAGGAGGGCGAGGGAAACGAAGGGGAGCAGGAAAACUCUGGAAACAGAGACAAGGCCAGCAGUGCCCUGAUCCCUCCGAAAAAAGGCAAACUGAAACGCAAGACAAAGGUGAAAGAGGAGACGCUGGAUGCACCGGAAUCCCUCCAAAGCAACGAGACACCAAGCAAAGCUAAAGGAGAAAGGAAGCGGAAGAAGAAGGUUGUGAAGGUAAAACGAAAAAACAAAAUCAACACAGAGGGAAUGCCCGUGGCUUACUCUCAACCCGUGGACCUUUCCGCAACCUUUGAUCUUUACCGACAAGCAAUCCUGGCGCUGAAGGAACGUCAGGAUCAGGCUCAAGGACAGUGAAUCCCGGGUUCCUUCCAGCCGUCCGAGCAGAGGCAGCCAUGCCCACAGCUGUAGUCCCAACCAACACCUCAUCACCUGGAAAUAAAAGCUAUUUCUAUACAAGCAUAGAGUUUUAUGACCUCCUGGGACUUUGGGAAGACAUUGAAGAAAAGUUGUAUUGUACAGUGUAAAAAGAGGAAAAGAAAAGUUAAGCAUUUUUUUGUGAGUACCUGGCCAAACUUCUGAUGUGUAGUUUCUAAAAAUGUCGUACAGUAGGAUAAUUUUUAAGCGUUAUUUUUUUUAUUUUAUUAUUAUUUCAUAAUUAUCCAAUGAUGAGCUGAGAUAUCUGCAAUGAAUGACAUAUCACUGAUAAGAUUUGUGAAUAAGUAAUAAAAACAUUGUCUCCA